AUGUCUUCUUUUAAACCUACUAUUCCUAACAAACCUGAAACAUUCUCUCUUGUUGUGCCCGGGCUUAGUCCUGCUGCAGCUUCAUUAUCUGAGCAACUCUUGGUUCAAAACAAUGAAAGGUUUCACAUCUUCUUCAAUGAUAAAAAAUUUCACAAUCACUUGAUUCAUCACCUUUUAGCUGCUUACUCUUUUGGCGCCACCAAGGAAAGAAUUCAAGAAAUCUUUGAUUUUCAUGCUAAAGACCAACGCCCUUUGCCUCCUUCCAUUGGUGAAAUCACUCGAGAUAACUACAAACAACAUCUUGGGGAUGCCGCUGCCUACACUAGCUUCUUAAAUUUCUUCAAGCUUGAAAUUGAUAGAUUUGGCAUGCUCGAAACUGUCCGUCGUUUUGUCUGGAGCAACGACUUCUUGGCUCGUACUGUAGGUGGCUUAUAUCAUCCUUUGAUUCAUAUUGGUUAUGGUCUUGAGUUUGAUAUUCCCGGUAUUGUUGCUGAAGGAUUAUCCAUGGCUGCUUUAACAGAACCUUACUUUACACCUGUGAUUCCACAUCAACCUGAAUUGAACCGAUCCAAUUUACUUCCAAGCCAAGCUCAAUCCUUAGCUGAAAAUGCACAUACGGUUGCCCGAGGCUAUGUCAGUCAAGCCUUUGACCAAAUUACAAGCCAGCUGGCUACGCGUUUAGGCAUUGCUGAUGAAAAGACAACUUCUACAGCUCAUCAGGAUCGCUCUGUUGACGUGGAUGAUAACCAUGGUCCUGAUUACAUGAAGAACAAUUCUCUGUUUGCCAUCUUCAAUCAUAUUCAAAAAGAUCCCGUCUUUGACAACUUGGUCAAGUCUACAGACGAUAAUAAGUUCAAGAUUAUUCUUGCUAAUGAAAAAGCCGUUGAACGCGUCAAGCAUUAUGUGAAGCAAUGGGGAUUGAACGAGAACACAAAGAACAUUCAAGCCAAAUUCAAGGAAUUGUACAGUGUAGCAGCUAUCUUGACGGGUGCCGCCGGUGUUCGUAAAGACUAUCCUGGUGUCUUACGACUCAGCUUCUUUUUGGUCCAUGUCUUGACUUCAACCGAGUUUGUUCAUCAAUUUAUUUCAAGAGUAGCACCUUCUGAAGCAGUGGCUUUAUUACAGGCACAUCUUGCAGAGACAAUCAUCUAUUAUGUGGCAGAAGGAAGACCUGAAUUCUAUCUUGAGGGUUUGAUUGACUACAAGCCUUCGGUUCAUACAGACUCUAGUCAAAACCAAUGGCUUCCUGUACUCGACAAAGCAUUGGAACGUAAAGAAGCUCAUGUUAUCAAAGCUGUUCGUUCUUGCGCUGUUGCUCAAGUGAUGUACGGUCCUCACGGUGAUCCUAAUCUUGACUUAAUCUGGCUUCGAGUAGCUCAAAUGGCCGUUGAUGUAGAUGGUAAUUGGGACUUUGAUGGUGUAGGAUUCGAUGAUACUUGGAAACAAAAAGCUUAA